AUCCAGAUCUUAGUCCAGGUAGAUCUGACGUCAGGAGAUGGCUUUCGUCGAUUUGACGUGUAAACACUCAUUUCCAUUCUGGCUGGGCAGGGCUGGGGCUCCUCUCAGCCGGGAGGCCGAAGCGCUUCACUGAGCACUCGCCGCCCGGCCUCUGCUCGCGCGCCUCCCAGCUCUUCCAAGAGCAGCCGGGAUCCAGGAGUGAUUCAGAGCCCAAGGAGGGGGAAGAUCGAGGCUGCUGGCUUUUCUCCUAUACUGCUUCUUUUCCCUCGCUCCUUCCCACUUGUGUACGACUAAGUGUGAGAGCCAUGGAGCGGAGAGCCUGGAGUCUGCAGGGUGCUGCUUUCGCUCUCUUUUGCUCUUGGUGUGCGCUGAACAGUGUAAAAGCGAAGAGGCAGUUUGUCAAUGAAUGGGCGGCGGAGGUCCCCGGGGGCCCGGAAGCAGCCUCGGCCAUAGCCGAGGAGCUGGGCUAUGACCUUUUGGGUCAGAUUGGAUCACUUGAAAAUUACUAUUUAUUUAAACACAAAAACCAUCCCCAAAGGUCUCGGAGAAGUGCCUCUCAUAUCACUAAGAGAUUAUCUGAUGAUGAUCGUGUGAUAUGGGCUGAACAACAGUAUGAAAAAAAGAGAAGCAAACGCUCAGCUCUAAGAGACUCAGCACUAAAUCUCUUCAAUGAUCCAAUGUGGAAUCAGCAGUGGUACUUGCAAGAUACCAGGAUGACUGCAGCCUUGCCCAAGCUGGAUCUCCAUGUGAUACCUGUUUGGGAAAAAGGCAUCACAGGCAAAGGAGUUGUUCUCACCAUAUUGGAUGAUGGCUUGGAGUGGAAUCACACAGACAUUUAUGCCAAUUAUGAUCCAGAGGCUAGCUAUGAUUUUAAUGACAAUGAUCAUGAUCCGUUUCCCCGAUAUGAUCCCACAAAUGAGAACAAACAUGGGACCAGAUGUGCAGGAGAAAUUGCCAUGCAAGCAAAUAAUCGCAAGUGUGGGGUUGGAGUGGCAUACAAUUCCAAAGUCGGAGGCAUAAGGAUGUUAGAUGGCAUAGUGACAGAUGCUAUCGAGGCCAGUUCCAUUGGAUUCAACCCUGGACAUGUUGACAUUUACAGUGCAAGUUGGGGCCCUAACGAUGAUGGGAAGACUGUGGAGGGGCCUGGCAGACUAGCUCAGAAGGCUUUUGAAUAUGGUGUCAAACAGGGGAGACAAGGAAAGGGCUCCAUCUUUGUCUGGGCUUCUGGAAAUGGGGGGCGUCAGGGAGAUAACUGUGACUGCGAUGGCUACACGGACAGCAUCUACACCAUCUCCAUCAGCAGUGCCUCCCAGCAAGGCCUGUCACCUUGGUAUGCCGAGAAGUGCUCCUCCACACUGGCCACCUCUUACAGCAGCGGGGAUUACACUGACCAGCGAAUCACAAGCGCAGAUCUGCACAACGACUGCACUGAGACCCACACGGGGACCUCAGCGUCUGCACCCCUGGCUGCUGGCAUCUUCGCUCUGGCCCUGGAAGCAAACCCAAACCUCACGUGGAGAGACAUGCAGCACUUGGUUGUCUGGACCUCUGAGUAUGACCCACUGGCCAAUAAUCCUGGAUGGAAAAAGAAUGGAGCAGGCUUGAUGGUGAAUAGUCGAUUUGGAUUUGGCUUGCUAAAUGCCAAAGCUCUGGUGGAUUUAGCUGAUCCUCGGAGCUGGAGCAGUGUACCCGAGAAGAAACAAUGUGUUGUAAAAGACAAUGACUUUGAGCCCAGAGCCCUGAAAGCUAAUGGAGAAGUUAUCAUUGAAAUUCCAACAAGGGCUUGUGAAGGACAAGAAAACUCCAUUAAGUCCCUGGAACAUGUGCAAUUUGAAGCAACAAUUGAGUAUUCCCGUAGAGGAGACCUUCAUGUCACACUCACUUCUGCUGCUGGAACCAACACUGUACUGUUGGCUGAAAGGGAGCGUGACACAUCCCCUAAUGGCUUUAAGAAUUGGGAUUUCAUGUCUGUUCAUACUUGGGGAGAGAACCCUGUAGGCACCUGGACUUUGAGAAUUACGGAUAUGUCUGGAAGAGUACAAAAUGAAGGGAGAAUUGUGAACUGGAAGCUGAUUUUGCAUGGAACCUCUUCUCAGCCAGAGCACAUGAAACAGCCUCGUGUGUACACGUCCUACAACACCGUUCAGAAUGACAGAAGAGGGGUGGAGAAGAUGGCGGAUGCAGGAGAGGAGCAGCCCACACAACAGAACCUGAAUGAGGACCCCCUGGUAUCUAAAAGCGCCAGCAGCAGCAGCAGCAGUGUGGGAGACAGAUGGGAUGAACAGGCAGAGGGGGCCCCUUCCCAGGCCAUGCUGCGGCUCCUACAAAGUGCUUUCAGCAAAAACUCAACUCCAAAGCAAUCACCAAAGAAGUCUCCAAGUGCAAAGCUCAACAUCCCAUAUGAAAAUUUCUAUAAAGCCCUGGAAAAGCUGAACAAACCUUUCCAGCUUAAAGACUCUGAGGACAGUCUCUAUAACGACUAUGUGGAUGUUUUCUAUAACACAAAACCUUAUAAACACAGAGAUGACCGGCUGCUGCAAGCUCUGGUGGACAUUCUGAAUGAGGAAAAUUAAAGCAAGUAUGUGGUCCCAAGUUGGAAAUAUUCACGCAUCUUCCUUCUCCCUUAGAUUUUGCUUGUGUCUGAAGUGGUUGUCUUGUCUUUGAUUCUAUGCUUAUAAUAUCCUUUUUGGUACUUUUCCUUUUCCUCCCCAAACUGUACAUUUGAAGGGGAUGAGCUCAAAUAGUAAAUCCAACUUCCAGAAUUGGUUGUAGCUCUUUCAAAACAUGUCUUCCCUGCCUGCACAAGUGAAGUGUUUUGUUCUUUCUGGAGUCACAGUUGACAUGUGACUCCAUGAAACACUGGAAUGCCUCCUUGAGCCUGCCUAUGUCAUUCCCUACCAGAAGGGGAAAGCCUGGCAGAUUCAUUAAUAUGAAAAAGUAAUCUGUAAAGAAGAGGGAUGUCUUUGCCAUGUGGUUCUUUGAAUUUUGAUGCCAAAGAAGCAUUAGCAAAGUAUCUAAUGAAAGCAUUCACAAUUAGGCCCAUACCCUAGAGCCUUGGCCUUUCUACUUCAAAGUACUACUCAUUAUGGGAGUGAUCAUCUAGAUAUUUUGGAGAAAAAGCUGGAUCUUCUCCAUCCAGAAACAGACCUUGAAAUUUGCGUUGUCUGGUGAGAGGGGUUCUAGAACAUUCCUGCGUGCUUGGCAUGCCAUGCAAACCUCUAUAGAUCUAAGGUGGCUGUGACUCAUGCUGCGUGUCCUGGUCUUCCUCUUGUUCACCUUCUUCUGGAGGUUUCCCCUACCUGUCUCCUUUCUCAGCCACGAACUCAAUAUUGAGGGAAUUAAUUUACACCACUUUCUCAGUUAAUUUGUACUCAUAAUUUGUUUAAUAAUAGUAACAGGCAACCACUCCUGACAUGAAGAGUCAGUGUAAUAACAGGAAAAUAUCUAUAAUGGGGAGAACCAGGAAGAGGUUUUGCUUAUUUGAAAAAAAAUCAUGGUCACUAGAACAGAUUGGUCUGGAUCUUUGAAACUGAGUAUUCAUUUCUGGACACUAGAGGAUCUUCUUCCCUCUUCCAGCCAAUAGUAUCCAAAUUCUCAUCAAAUUGCUUCCGUCCUUCAAGUCAGAAGACCUAGACUGGCAGCCCAUAGGCCUCAUUUAUUCCUCUGAUUGCAUCUAUUUGGCAUGAAGAAUGUUUUUUUAAAAAUGAGAUAUUGUUGAAAAUAGGAAGUUUCACAUAAAAGUGGAUAUUCAGACCCAUCUACACCAUGGCAACAGUUGGUUAAAACUGAGUAGCAGCUUCCCAGUGGGAUUUGAGGUCCAGGUCCCUCUGGCCUGCUCUAUGCUACUUACAUGGGGCACCUCAUUCCUUACUGGUCAACAUCUAGUAGGCAUUUGAUUUUGCCCACUUUUAUGCUAAAGAUGUUCAAAGUGCAAAUGUAUUAGGAAAGGAAAAAAAGCUAUCCUCAAUUUCUUUAGCCAAGCUCUAUCAUUAAUUAUUAUGACUUUGCUAUAAUCUAAUUAAUUUUAGUUACAUUUACAGGCAAAAAUCUAGUUACUUUAUACCUUUUAGGAAGUACUUUUGAAAUCCAAUUUGACGUGUUCAUUCAACCUCAUCUCACCUGAAGAUUCACUUGUACUACUAAUUCACUGCCAUCCUCUUAGCUUCCCUAUCGCAAUAUGCUCUCAAAGGCUGCAGUCACGUGAAAUGCUGGAAGUCACCCAUUGAGCUGCUGUUUGAAGAUCUUCCACAAAAUGUCACCCACGAUAUUGAAGUAGUUCAGGAAUAUAACUCAUCUGCUUUGACCUGACAUGCACAUGACCUGACUUGAAGUUGUAUACAGCAAGGCUAUUUCCAGAACAAUGCCCUUGUCUAGCAGAUGUUCUUCUAAAAGACUGAUAGCACUGUCUGUUUUUGGAAGCUUUACAUGUUGUUUGAUAUAAGGUGUUCAAUAGGUAUUAAAACUCAAAAGAGCCUGAGAGUUAUCAGAUUCAGGUUCAAUUACAUAAAUAAAUAAAUAAAUAUAUAUAAAAAGACUAAGAGCUAGAGAUGCCACUGAGUGGUAAUAAAAGAGUUAAAACACAUCCUUUCCCCAUUCCUAAUCUAAUGCUAAAUGUAUGACACUUUCUUUUAAUCUUUCCUAACAGUAUCUUUUCCUGGUUAAAACCCCAACCAAAUCACUGGGCAAUAGUCAAAGGUUCAAUCUACAGAAGCUUUAAUAUUUAGAUAAAAGUCGUGUUUGAAUGUUUCCAACCUGGAGUAUAUUGUUCAGACAUAAAAUAUUUUUGUCAGUCUUUCUUAAUGCCUGUGUGGAUUUUUGUGAAAAUGUCAAAGAGGAAACAUAUAUUUCCCUUGGAAUUUUAAGCUAUAUUUUCUUUACAGGUAUUUAUAACGUACCAAUGCUUUUAACAAACAGAAUUUUAAAAGGCAUAAUAAAUUAUAUGAAAGAACCGAAAGUUUUCCUGAGAAUAAGAAAGUUUCAUCCAAUAAAAUAUUUUCAAAAGGCAUGUUCCUAUCAAUGAAACAAGUAUAAUAUAUAUGUGCUGUAAUAUUGACAUUUGUCUAAUAUCUUAAUACCAUGUAUAACUGAGUUUGAUAUGUGUGGUCUUCACAUUCUUAAGGGAAAUCUCACAUUACACACUUGAUGUAUUAUUAACCAAAAUAUGUAAAAUAUGCUUAUAAAUCAGAAGAAUAAAUGGUUUCUCACAAGGUCAAAAGGAAAAAAGCUCAUGUUUCCAAAAGAAACAGGAUUGCCUUGUCUUACUGUGUUUCCCAAAUGGACUAUAAAAAUGUUGAAAGUUUACACAAAAGUCAAUUAAUUCCUUUUUAAGAAAAUUGGUUUUCUAGGAGGCAAAUUAAGCAUCUACUUGAAUAAUACAUGUUCAGUUCUCCCCUCCUAGUCUAGCUUUUACUUUUUUGACCACAAAGUUGUAUACUGUUGUUACUGCAAUGUUGAAGGAAAAAAACUAUAAACUACAACUAAAUGGA